UGUGUCUUGGUUUUAAUUAGUUAUGGCUUCCAAGAAAACAAAAGGAAGGCAAAAGGUGGAAAUGAAGAGAAUAGAAAAUCAAGAUGAUAGAUUAAUCACCUUCUCAAAACGUAGAUCUGGGAUCUACAAAAAGGCUAGCGAACUGGCUACUUUAACUGGGGCAGAAAUUGCAAUCGCAGUGUUUUCACCGGCAGGUAAGCCCUUCUCUUUUGGCCAUCCUUCGGUUGAAUCAGUUAUUAAUCGUUUCCUUGAAGAUCCAUUGGACAUGGAUAGCACUUAUCAUCUCGUGGAGGCUCACCGGAGGAUGAGGAUCGAAGAACUAACCCAAAAACAUAACGAUAUGCAACAUCAACUGGAUGAGGAGAAGGAAAAGGGUCUCAAAUUAAAGAGUAAGAUCAAAGAAAUGGAUAGCAAAGGUUGGUGGGAUACUGCUGUUGACGAGCUUAACAUCCAGGAGCUGAUUGAGUUGGAAAAAAAGUUUAAAGAGUUACAAAUGACCUUAUGCAGUAAAAUCGCUGAGAACGCCAGUACUGUUGCUUCUUCUUCACAGGCUCCAGAAAUAGGCCAUUCAUUUGCAUCUACUACUGUAAAUGAUCAAAAUGCUCCUGGUUUUCCUGAUAAGAAUCACUAAGGUAGGGUAAGUUCUCAUUAAUAACGUCAUCAAGACGAAAUCUAUAUGUAUUAUCGAUAGAUAAUAAGACAGUUCAUGGCCUGUAUAGGGUUUGUGUCUGCAAAAGAUUUAGAAUCUGCUAUGUCUUUUGUUUAUUCACUUUCAACUGUUACCUUGUUUACCUAAUGCAGGGAUUCAAUUGCGAUAAAC